AUGAAGGUUGCACCCUUGCAGCAGGUGGCAACUGUGAGUUCUCCGAAACUCGUCAGUCGUCACUUUCGGCAUAAGCGUCGAACAGUUCAAAGCGGGAGCCGCUUUCCCUUGAGCGAUUUGAAUGGGCUCUUGACUGGAGGUGAACUAGCCGGGCUUGUUGCUACAUGUUUAGCUGCCGUAAUUGUAUCUAACGCGUCAAGAGCGACGACGUCGAGUGUAGAUUCACUUGAACAAGUAAGAAAACCUGCUGCCAAGGUGCGACGACCAGUAGACCUUGACUGGGGAGCGUGUAGUGACAUCGGGCCGCGCGAUUACAUGGAAGAUGCUUAUCAGGUCGUCAAAGGUCCAGAUCACUUUUUCGCGGCCGUCUACGAUGGACACGGAGGAUGUGGUAGUUCAACAUAUUUACGUUCAAAUUUCUAUAAGUUCGUGAGUGCCAUGCUCGGAAAGAACAGAAAGCUUUUGAGCGACGAGACUACAACCGACGAUGAGAUGAAUACUAUCUUUGAAAAGUCGAUGUCUGAGGUAUUUAUGGCCGCAGAUAGUGCAUUGAUAGACUACAUAGCCACACUUGGUGAUCCAGAGUGUUGGAGCGGAAGCACUGCGACGGUGUGUGUAGUGAAUUCUUCGCUACUAAUGUGUGCGAAUGUAGGAGAUAGUAGGGCUGUCUUGUGCCGUUCCGGGAAACCUGUCGAUAUAAGUGCUGAUCAUCGGCCAACAACAUCAAGCUCUUGUGGAAGAUGCGAGAUCAAACGGAUCAAUCAAGCAGGUGGUUGGAUAUCGCAGAGUCGAGUUUGUGGUAUACUUGCUGUCACUCGGGCAUUUGGAGACUAUGAAUUUAAAGGAGGACGGUACGAGUUACUUGAGGAAUUGAAAGAUUCUAGCGACAUUCUUGCAAUGAAGGCUAGCAUGGAAGGUCCGCCGGUGAUAUCGCUACCUCAUUGUUUCACAAUACCUCGUUCAACCGAGGACGAGUUCAUAAUCUUAGCGUCGGACGGGUUAUGGGAUACUAUGAAUAGUGCGCAAGCAGUCACUUUUGUGCGAAGUGAACUGAAGAAAGAUCCGAGUAAAAGCAUGCAAGAUAUCGCUGAUGCUUUGAUAGCGCGAGCUUUGCGUUGUAGAACGCAAGACAAUGUCGUGUGUAUAGUAGUGAAACUCAGUAGAUAG